AUGGUCAGAGUCCAGUUAUUUUAUAAUUCCACAUGGGAGAAAGUCUUUUUUUAUAGUGAUGAGCAGGAAAACCUUUUUGAUAGUGAGCAAAAGUGGGUGUUCAGAGAAAUGAAGCUAGUAGAAGAAAUUUUAGACUGGCAUACUGUGGAGCUAGAAACGAAAAGAGCCUUUUUGGAGUUUGUUUUGUGUAAUGACAAGAAAACAGAAUGGGAUAAUCCUCCAAAUUCGUAUUGUAGAAAAAACUACUUUAUUAGUAUCAAAGACGCAGAGAGAGAAUCUGGAAAAGACACCAAAAAACUCUUAAAGUUCUGUCUGAAGGAUGGAGAAUUGAGUCAAAUCAUUCCAAGGCCUCCGAUUGCGGUUGUUACUGACUUGGAUGGAACUUUGAUUGGACAUGAUGUUUAUUUGAAGAAGUUUAAUGAGAUUUGGAUUCGCCAACACAUGUUCAAUGGAUCCAAGUUAAUUUACUCAACUGGGAGGAACCUCAAAGAUUUUUUAUUCGCAGCUAAACAGUUUGACCUACUUAGGCCAGAUUAUGCUAUUUGUGGAGUGGGAACAGAAAUCUAUGAAUUUCCAAAUAAAGAAAUGGAUCUUGAGAUCUAUUGUGAGAGACUUUCCAUUAUACUAGGAAAGAAGAUAAAUCAAGAAGAGGUGUUCUCCUUAUUGAUGCUUCAGGACAAAGGGGAAUAUAUUGAGCCGAAAGAAGGAGACAUAGAGAGGGUGGCCAAAGAUACCAACUCUUCGUUCCCAAGAUGGUGCAAAAAUAGGUUGUAUGCUUGGCCUUUGGAAGAGUGGCUGAAAAUAAUCAGUAAAACAUUCAAUAGAGAAGAGUUGAUUAAAGAUAUUCAAGAAAAUUUAAAUAAGAACAAUUUAGAAUAUUACAUUAAUGGAAACAACUUUCAUGAUCCAUUUCGUCUAUCGGUAUCCAUUAACACAGAAUAUGCUUUGAAAGUGUAUGAAGAAAUACAGAUAAACAAAAAAAGCUAUAGGUUUGCCAUAAGCGGACAAGGACUAUGGAAAUAUUUGGAUGUCCUUCCUGAUAAGGGUGGAAAACACUUAUCUAUAUUGUUUUUGUAUGACGAGAUCCUAGGGAAAUCGAUUCCCUUGGAAAGGUUCCUGGUAUGUGGAGACUCCGGGAAUGAUGCUCAUAUGUUCACAAUUGAGACUUGUAAAAACUGUUGUGUUGGAAAUGCUCAGCAGGAUCUCAAAGAUUUCCUAUUGGGAGGUUGCCAAAGAAACUGUGAUGGAGCUGAGCUGAGACAAGUCCUGAGCAAUCAAAGCGAACUUCUGUGCAAAAUUAUGCAUAGUCAAAAUUUGAAGCCUCCAAAAACAGUAAGUUUUAUUCCAAAAAUGGCAUUUUGA